AUGGAAAGUGAUAGCAGUUCAAGCCAGACGACAGUGUGGGCCACUGUCAGUCAGCAGCAACAGCAACAGCAGCAGCAGCAGCAAGUGCAACAACAACCACCACAACAACAACAACAACAAGAACAAGAACAGCAGCAAGUCCAGCCUGCUCAAUUUGUGGCUGCUACCCCGUCCAGCAGUGGUAACUUCACAGUAACCACUAGCCAGCAGGCUUUACCAAUCUUAGCAGCAUCACAGCCUGCUGCUGCAGCAUCUGGUUCAACUACUUUCUCAGCACAGUACGUCGAUUUUCGACACCCACAGUUCACUACCUACCACAUUAAUAUUCCCCAAUCUGAACUUUACCAGCCUGCUCAGUCAAGUUAUGAGCGAAUCUCACCUGUUGAUGAGUUCCGUACAGGGGAAGUUGUCUCUGGUAAUGAAGCCAUAGCCACAUAUUCUGCUCUGCAGACUGCCGAUGGGACCCAGCUUAUAGCUGCUCCAACAGUAGACAGUACCACAUUACAUGCUCAGGGCAUUCAAGUACAUCAUGUCAUGUUAGAAGAUCAACUGUUAACAAUUUCUCAACAUGAGGCAGCCAUUAUUCCAGUGACUCAUCAUCAACAGAUUGAAGCAAUGAGUGUAAGUGGCGAACCAGAUACAACACAAGAGGACAGUCAAGAUUUCAACACAGUGCAAGUUGGUUCUGGUGUAACAUUCAGCUCUGAUAGUGACAUUGGAGACACAACUGAUGCCAAUGGUUUGCAUUCUACAAUGCCCAGCUGCAGUUCUUCUAGUAAUGGAAUCAGUACUACCACCCGAGACGUGCUGCAUGUUACACCUGGUCCAUCUGUUAGCAGCGCACAGCUUGCCUCAUCAACUGUCGAUAGUGUUAUGGCCAGUGAUGUUGAGGUCAGUGCUGCUAGGGCUGUUCUUCACAGUGUUGGGCCCUCCCAGGCUUGUGCAAUGGAUUCCACAGGUCAACAGGAGCAUCAACAACAACAACAACAACAACCACCACCACCACCACCACCACCAGCACAACCAUUAGAAUCUAUAAGUGUGGUUGACAGUUCAGGAGCAGUUGACCAUGAAAUACAAGAUGAUCCACAUGUUGUAUUGGCUAAUGGAUUGGGUGGGCUGGAACCUGGUUCCAGUUCUUGUACAAGUCCUGGUAGCAGUAAUAGUAUCAACAGUAUGGAUGAGGAGAAAGAAAAUGUGCCACAGUCAAGUCGACAGCUUCGAAAAUCAAAUCGAAUUGCUAAUAUGGAAGUUGAAUCUACCUGGUCAAACAGACGUCGACGACAUUACCAACCCAAAGAAUAUAACCCAAAUGAAUUAUGGUGUGAAGAAUGCAUGACCACUUAUAUAAGUGAGUGUCCUGAACAUCGGUUACAAAUUGUUCCUGAUAAGGUUGUUCUGUCUCGAGCAUGGUCCAGUUUACCUUCCAUUUUGCAAAUCUUUCGUCUUGGAGAAAGUACUGAAAUCUUGACAACUGAACAUUUGUCUUGUAACCAAGAACUUGGGGUUUUUGCCAAGCGAUAUAUUUCCAAAUCAACUCAGUUUGGACCUUUCAUUGGAGAGCCAGUGGCCAGCCAGAAUAUGUUAGAAGAUAGCAAAUUUAUCUUAAUGCUGGAGAAAGAAAAUAAUGAAUACUACUACUUUAAGACGUCUGAUGAGAACAAAUGCAAUUGGAUGAUGUUUGUUCGUCCUGCAGAGAACUUUGCUGAGCAGAAUCUUGUGGCCUACCAACAUGGGCAGGAUAUUUUCUUUACUGUCUCCAAGAAUAUUGAACCAAAACAAGAACUCAAGGUGUGGUAUGCAUGUAAUUAUGCUGAGCGUAUUGGUGUACAAGUUCUGGAUAUUACAGAUGAGGACAUAGAAGCCCUGAAUGAACAGGAGUGUGAGUGGCCAUGUUAUGAAUGCAACAAGCGUUUCAAAACCUCAGCUUCUCUUCAGAAGCAUUUGGUUGUCCAUGAAGAAAGCUUAUCCCGGCAACAAGAGGAAGAGUUUGGUAUUCAUGGUGAUAUGAAUAUUCGAAAAAACAAGAGAAAAAACUUUUCACAACCUGGAUCUUCUAUCAGAAAGAGGAGGCGACAUCCUAAAGCUGCUAGUAUUAAUGGAGAAAUGUCUGGUUUUCAAUGGAAAAAGAAGAGCUCUACAUUUUAUUUAAACAAAACUCUAAAGAAAUAUCAUCGUAGACCAGACCAUGAUGCACUUCGUCGCAGAACACUCAAGUCUUUGUAUCGAAAGAAAGGCAAAGAGACUGGUGGCAAUGAAUGGGUGUGCACCCAUUGUGAUCUGACAUUUGAUAACUCAAAUCUGCUGAAUUUGCACACACUUACCCAUGCUGCUGAAGAUGUGGGGCUGGAUGAAGUGAAACGAUUGGCAUGUGAUCCGAAUGAUAAUAAAAGUGCAGUGGUAGCCACAGCUCUCCAACUGCAAAAGAUGGCAAGUGUUGGCGGUGGUAGUUUGAACUUUGAGGAGUCAGACACGAUCCUCACUCUGGAUGAGAAUAUGCUGACUUGUCCUGUCUGCUAUGGCCCGUUUCAAAAUCAGCAUGAUCUGAUAGAACAUGCCAGUGUCCAUGGCAAGACCAAACGAAAGCUUGUCCUCAACCCUGAACGCCCACACAAAUGUGAAAAGUGCUGGAAGGCUUUUGGAAGUCAUGAACGCCUUCAGAAACAUCUUUUGUGUCACGGGGAUGAAAGUGCCAAACCUCUACAGUGUCAGGUUUGUUACAAGCGUUUCAUGAACAACUCUGCCCUCUCAUGUCACAUGAAAACACACAGUGACAGAAAAUAUUACGAGUGUCCUCUGUGUCGCUGUGACUUUGAUCAGGUCACAUUGCUGAAGAGUCAUGUCACCCAGCAUGAGCAGUCCAAUGGGAAAUACAUGUGCCCCAGUUGUAAACGAGAAUUUGAAGACUUUGUCACAAUUCGAAAACACAUGCGAGCUUUCCACUCUGAGAAAAAAUAUCCCUGUCCACAAUGUGAGAAGAUAUUUCCCCGCCCAGACAAACUCAAAUUGCACAUGUUACGUCAUUCUUCACAUCGUGAAUUUAUGUGUGAAAACUGUGGUCGCCAGUUCAAACGCAAGGACAAGCUUAAAGAACACAUAAAGCGCAUGCACUCUGCUGAACGUGAGGCACGGCUGGCAUGCAAAGAAGAGAAACCAGUUAAUCAUAAAAAGUUCAUCCCUAAAGUCUCUCCUAAUGACUAUCAUCGAUUUAUUUAUAAAUGCCACACAUGUCUACUUGGCUUUAAAAGACGAGGCAUGCUUGUCAACCAUCUGGCCAAGAGACACCCUGAUAUAAAACCAGAAACAGUCCCAGAGCUUAAUCUUCCAAUAUUAAAGACACAACGAGACUAUUACUGUCAGUACUGUGAGAAAGUGUACAAAUCUAGUUCAAAACGGAAAUCUCAUAUUUUGAAGAAUCAUCCUGGGUCUGAGCUGCCUAUGAGCAGUCGGCGGCGAUCCACUAUCCAAGAGAUUCCAGGCCUCCCCAACCCUACCUACUCACAAAUGGUUGGUAGCAUUACCACUAUGCCCCACUCAUGUAACUUCUGUCACAAACAGUACGCCAGUAAGGCAAAACUUAUGCAACAUCAGCGUAAAAAACAUCCAGAAAUGGUGCCUCCAUCCUUGAUUGUACGAAGAGUGAAAGAAGAAAGAAUGACUGUCGGUAUAUCUGAUGAUUCCCAUGGUGGUGUUGGGGAUGAUGAGUAUGAUGUUACACCUGGACAACCCCAGGCUGUAACUGAUCCUUAUCAACAGGCAGAUCUGCUCACACAGGCUAUGUCAGAGCUGACCCAGUCACUAGAAUACCGUCCAACUGGUGACUUCACUGUCACUCGGGUCGCCAACACACCGACCCCUACUGGACAGCCAACUAUGGUACAGAUCCAGGCUACACCUUUAGCAGCAGUGCCUGGCCAGCACACAACCAUUGAACUUAGCCAUCUUGGCCAGAACCUUGUCCAUACACAGUUUGCUACAGUCAAUCCACAAGAGCAAGCAAUAGUUGCAACUGCAAAUCAAGAGACUCCCCAGUCACUGAGUCCAUCACAACAAACAAUUAACACCCAGGCGGCGACUGUCCCUGUUACUCUCUCUGGGAAUACAAUCACUCUUGCACGGACAUGGCCUAACUUGAGCUUCCUUUCUUUUCUUUUUCUCUCCCAUUUAUUCCCUUCCUCUUUCCCAUUGCCCCCCACUGCUCAAUCUCCAUCCCAUUCAUAUCUCUCUCUCUUUACCUCCAUUCAUCUUACCCUCUGCUAUUUAUUUGGCUUCUUUUAUCUUUUUAUCCAUAUUCUUUCUCCUUCUCUUCACAUUUUACUUUCUAUUUUAGAUAAUUCCUUUUUAUUUCUUCAACCACUUUCUCUAUCACUGAAUAUAUUGUAUUUUCCUUGCUACCCACUAACCUCUUAA